GGUCGUCGAUUGUAGCUUAAAGUUUCCUACGGUGGAGAGAGAGAGAGAGAGAGAGAGAGAGAGAGAGAGAGUGUUUGAAAUGUGUGCACCAAAUUCAUCAGCCCCGUACAAGCUUCAAAGUUUGGUGAAAGUGCUAUACCGGUAUAGGAUUUCUGCCACUAAUCUACAUCGAGAGCCCUUAUACCGUGGUAGUUCUAAUUUGCCAUCAAAGUACUUCUUCAAUUAUGCCCAAUAUUCUUCCAAUAUUCAUGAUGGUUUCAAGUCGAUUCCUCCCAAUUCUGGAAUCACUUCAAAGGCUAUGGCUGACAUGGUAAAGGAUGGCAUGGACAAGGUUCAACCAUCUGUGCCACCUCCUCGUAAACCCAUCUUCCCAACCUGGGCAAAAUGGCUUUUCGGUUCCGUAUUAUCACUACUUCUACCUUUCUGGAGGUUUAAAUGGGGAAGUUUGCUCGUAUUUGAAGAAAAGGUGGAAGAAGUGGUGGAAGAGGUUGAAAUUGCGGCGGAGGUGGUGGAGAAAGUGGCGACUAAGGCCGAGAAGGUGUCAGCAGAGGUGGCGGAUAAGCUCCCAGACAACGGCAAAUUGAAGGCUGCGGCUUUGGUUGUAGAACAUAUAUCUAGUGUGGCGGCUACCGAUGCCGAACUCGCGGAAGAUUUUAUUCAAAAGGUUGAAAAACUGAAGCAUGAUUUGACUGAUUUGGGGACAAUGGUUGAGCCUGUUAUUGAUGAGAUCGUCCCCAAGGAACAUGGUGGAAAUUGAAUAUAUUUAUUAUUUAGUAUAUAAAACCAUUUCAAUAUAUAGCCCAAGUUGUAAUACUUGUAACAUUAAUUCCCCUGAUCAUAUACUUACUAUUAUAUAUAUUGUUGAACUACGAAUUAAUUUCUGCACUUUUAAUUCUUUUUAUUGUAUAGAGAAUCAAUUUGUUUCUAUCUCCUACUUCCAAUACAACUUUUUGCCUAUGAAAA